ACUCACACUCCCACAUAAAAACUCCCACCCACUCUCCUCCCCUCUCUCUCUCUCUCUCUCUCUCUCUCUCUCUAAAAGAGCUCGUAACAAGACAAAGCUAUCUCUUUGGGUUUCUCUCAUCGGAAGGAUUUUAUUAGAUCUCUUUGUUUUCUGCAAAAAAGGGUAGCGGCGGCGGGGACCAGGCCCAGAAAAUGCCGGCACGGCCCACGAACUACGAUUACUAGCCACAUCACAACAGCGAAAAAAAAAAAACCUUCAAAUUUCUUUUGUUGUUUUUGUUUUUUUUCUGUUUGGGUAAGUUUGAACAAUUCGAGUCUUGUUACGAGUAAAUGAGGUGCAAAAAGCAUCUCUCCGACCUGAGCAGCCGCGUCGGCGUCUGCGCCUCCUGUCUCCGUGAACGCCUCGUCGUCCUCAUCGCUGCCCAGGCCCAGGCCCAGCAGACCCAUCAACAGGCCCAGCUUUCUCGAGCUCUCUCACGCUCCGCCGCCAUCGCCGAUCAAGAUCCUCGCAAGUCCGACCCCAAUCCUCCUCCUCCGCCGCCGCCGCUCGCCUUCCCUCGCUCAGUCUCUCCCUACGUCUCUCGCAGGAAAUCCGACGGUUUCGCCGCUGCCACGUGGAGCCAUAACCAGCCGGACGAUCACCUCCGCGGGAAUCCUCACCACCUCCGAUUCUAUAGCACUCCUCAGGUCGGACCAACCUUCGGCCAUUCGAUUGAUUCUGGAUCGUUCAACAAGAAGAAGAAAAGCAAGUUCUCUCUGUUAUCCAACCUUUUCCGUUCCAGAUCCGAGAAGUUCGAGUCCGAUCCUAGGGUUUCGUAUCGAGAUUCGUACGCCACGACUUCUUCGCCGUCUCCGUCUUGGUUCUCCGCGAUCUUCGCCAGCCGGAGAGACAGGUCGUCGUCGUCGUCCAUGCAAUCUCAGUUCUACGUCGAAGCUUCCGCCGUCGGAGGCAGACAUCGGACGAGAACGACGGAUCGGGGAAUGUCGCCUGCGAGGGGUACGGAUUUCGACUACGACUACGACGAAGACGCCGGCGAUCGGUCUCCGUCGGGAAGCGGACACUCGUCGGAAUCCUCGCCUGGGUGGAAGAAUACUCCGACGGUGGCGCCGCCGUCGGCGAGGAGGUCGAAGCGGGGACAGAGCAGGAACGUCUCGGGAUUGGCUUUCUGUCUGAGUCCGUUGGUGAGAGCCAGCCCUCACCGGCACUGGAAUCAGAAGGGAGUACCACCGGAGAUUGGGAAGUCCGGCGAGGCUAGAGUUUCAGGCAAGCCACAUCUGAAAAAUGCGGCAUCUUUUUGCAAGAACCGGUCGAGAAAGCUCGCGGAUUUUGGACGAGCAAAUCACAACCGGUGAUUUCGUCGACCGUUGACACCCUUGACAGUGACCCACCGCGACCGUGGAGAUGACCCCGUUUGUUUGCAUAAGUACGGUUUUGCCCCUUUCUUUUGCUCGUAUUUACCUUUUCACAUUACAUGGUCCAUUCUAUUAUUUAUUUCAAGGGAAGGGAAAAAAAAAAAAAAAAAAG